CUCUUCCAGAACGGCAGUGGUUGCGAAGCCUUCGGUCCCCUCGAAGUGACGUCGCAAAUCGACACUUCGUAGAUAGAGCACCUAAGGACAUUGAGGCCUUACAGUUUCCAUUAUCGUUUACCCUUUUCUUGCCUCUCUUCCGUCGGAGCUUUGCACUUUGUCGCUCCCUCCCUAGAUUUCCGCUGGCUUGAGGAAGAACAGUGGAGGUCGAGUCAUGAGUGUCUAAGAGACCAAUGUGCUACCUAGACCACUCGUCGUUGACUAUCCUUUCGACUGUCUGGCCCUACCGAUCAGUCUAGGUAGCCACUGAAGUCUACCUCACCUUUUCUGCGUCUCAUAUCAACACCUUUCUCACUGUGUCGCUGCCUGUUAGGCAGCCCAUAGAGAAUGCGUCAGUCUCUCACGAGCGCGCUUCUGCUGCUGGCGGCGCAAGUGCCAUCGUUGACCCACGGCCUUCCUAUCCCGCUCCACGGAAUCGGGGAUGGGACCCAGGAAAGCCAGAGCCUGAUCUCAUUGACACCGCUGACGCCAGAAGAGGGGGAGAGCUCUCUCGUGGUACAAUCCCAGACCACCAACCAUCCCAUAACCGACAAUAUACCCCAGCUUGCCCCUAGCGAUGAUGAUGUAGUGGGCGACGAAGGCUCAAUCAAGGAGGAUACGGUGACGGUAUUCGCAGUCGAAACAGAACUGGCCGAGCUAGAGACGCUGAGACACCAGCUAGCCUCGCUCGAGAGGGAGAUCUGCGCCAGAGAGAGAUGGCUCGCUAGAGUCCUUGUCGGAUCGGACACGCCGAGGGGAGGGAUCCUCGACUGCGACGGCGUGCGGUGUGUGGCGCAGUGUUUACUCCGCAAGGUCGGGUAUGCUGUCGCGGCCAUCUUUGACAGGGACGACGGCGAUGAGGAGGUUCAUCAUCGGCUUCCGAGUACGAAUCGCACACGCCCCUUCCCCCUCCCACCCUGGCGCUCUCCCUUGGGAGCGAACGACACGCGGGAUGGAAGCGAGGGCGAAUGGAUCCACCCCGGAGUUGCAUCCGAGCCCAUUCAUUUAAGCAAUCCACUUGUCCCAGUCGUGUUUCUCUUAAUCCUCGUCUUUCCCCUUCUCCGUCUGUUCGUCUCCCGCAUCGGCCGCAGGAACGGCCCAUCUGCCAUGGCGGCUCCGCCACGAUGGCUGCCAGUAGUGGGGAGGGACCAGAGACCUCGUCGACAAUGGCGAUUCUGGGCGCGAAGACGGAGGGGGUGUGGCGAUGCUCAGGGGCGUGAAUUCGGAGGGGAGGGCUGUCGUGUGACAGCAGGUGGACUCGAGACAGAGGAUCACGAGGACUAUGGGUAUACAGAUGAAAAGGAGGUUUUCAUACGUGAGGAAGCGGAGCUGAUAGAUGAGAAGGACGCUAGGUUAUUUGAGGACCAGUUUCAGGAGGGGACGGAAGGGGAGCAUGACCAUGAUGAUGAGGUGAGGGACGGGUAUGGCGAGCCAUUGACGCUUUCUGAGGAGAUUGCGUCUUUCAGGGCACUGGCAGACCUGGUGAGCGAUAUUGUUGCUGCGGAGGGGGAGAGGAGCAGGGCGAGGCAGAUACCGUAAACCUUGGCUUGGCUAGUAGUAGGCAUGUAGGCAUUAUAAGUCCCAGCUGUGGCCCCAGCAGAUUAUGGCGGCCUACCUAGUUCGAUAAUAAUAAUCUUUGGCCGAAGGCAUCAUUGUGAGGGAUUGUAUGCGUAUACAUACGUAUUGUCAUAGCGGUAAUCAGAGGGAGCAGAGCAGCAGUGCUUGU